CCUUCGGCUUGUUUUACCUGGGCAGACUUUUCAAUAUGGCGGCGGUGUUUGCCUCGCAGCGACCUUCCCAAGAUGGCGGCGUCACCUGAAGAAGAAGCAGGCAUGGCGGACAGCGAGGCGGUGAUGAAACGGGCCGUUGAAGGCCUGGAGCUUCUCCUGAGGAGAACCGACGCUACUGCUGCUCAUGGUCAAGGCAUUUUCCAGGAAACAAAGGGGGCUGCUCUGCUUGAAUCUCUCCGCUCGAGUGUGGCUUCUUUGGAGGAGAAAUUGGCUCAGGACCCUCGAUGGGACGGACUGCGAAGGCUGACCAUAGAGGUCUCCCAGAAGACCCCGUUGCUCCCUCAAUUCUCCGAUGUGCCCUGGACUUUUACCCGACACGUCCUGCUCUUGCUGCUGAGCCUCAAGCAAAGCAUGGUUCUCCUCGCAGCGGCCCCCAGCCCACCGCAGACCCCUGUGUCCGCACCUCCUCUCAGCCCUGACACCCUCAGCGUCGCUCAGGAGAAGACCGUGCGGGCGGCUUUGCAGUUUGCGGUCACUUUGGGCCUCUGUCCGUUCCUCCUGCCGGGUAUUGGGCUUCCCCUUGAUCGCAGGACAGAGUUUGGGGCCGUGAUCCGGGAGGUCGUCUCACCUGGCUGUCUGGUCAACGCCAUGAGCAAGCUCUAUGCCACCUGCACCGGCCUCUUGGAAGUUGCUCAGCACCCUUUACUGGGCAGCGUGGUUCUCACGCGGCACCUGGGGGAUCUCCUGGCCGGGUUGUGCCAGCUGGGAUUCUGCCCAGGAAGGAGGAAGCGGGAAGGAGCCAAGCCGGAGAAGGAGAUGGGGGGCCUGACUGAAGAGGAGCAACGCAGCUGUAGGGAAGCCCUGGGAGGGCUCUUGGACAGAGUCUACCAGCCAUUGGUGGUCCGAGAGCUGCUCAUCCUUCAAGGUGGAUCCAGACAGGGCUGCCAUUCUCCAGGACGUGAAAGCGGGCAUGCCCUGGCCCCUGCCCCAUCCUGGCUCCGGCGUCUUUGUGGGCAGCUCCUCUCCGAGAGGCUCCUGAGGCCUGGAGGCGUCCAAGCCGUGGUCCGCGGCAUCUUGGAAGGAGCCGGAGCUGGAGCCAUGGGAGGCAGCAGUGCGGAGGCAGCAGCGGCAGAUUGGCAGAAGUGUGACGCAGUGGCCAGAAUCCUCUCUUCCUGUCCCCAGCAGUCUCUGUCCCUGGAGGACUAUUGCCAGCAGGUUUGCCCCCAGGUCCUGCAACUGUUCCUCUUUCGGGAUCAGCUGGUGGCCCGCCAGUUCCAGCGUGUUGCCACUACGGCUGUCCUGAGCAUGGCCAGGGAGCACCCGGAGCAGGCACAGAGGCAUCUGCUGCGGCCCUUGCUGGAGCCCCUCCAGCGCUGCUUGGAGGCCGAAGAAAUGCCCCUGGAAGACUUGCCACCAAGGACAGUUUUGGUGAAGGAGGAAGAGCUUGGCUCCUGUGUGGAAAAUGUAUUUAAGGUGUAUGUGGUUGGAAACGAACCCUCAAACCUGCUGCUGAACUCCCUGCAAGGCGUCCUGGGUGUCGUCUUUUCCCUCUGGUGUUUUACGAAGCAGAAUGUGUCCUUCUUACGCACUCCAUGUCAGGAGAUCCUGCUCUGGUUCCUAGAGAAGAGCGAGAGGCAGGAGGCCCUCUCCGUCCUGGAAGGAUUGGCGCAGAUGAGAAGAUCCUCCGUGCGUUUGCCCCCUCUGCUCUGCCAGUUCCAAGUCGGCAGCGAAGGCGGCGUCAUGGCUGCCGUCAAAGCGGAUCUCAGCCCUGACAAAGAUGAAGACGAGGCUCUCUACCAGAAGGUUUCCUCUGAGCAGUGGCGGCUGGAGCAGCUGGUGGGCUUGCUGUCCCAUUGCCAGAGCAGCGGCCUGGCCGGAGACUUCUUCCUCCGCUGCCUGAAGGAGCUGACCCUCGUGGCUGGUCAAGGGGCUUCCGACAUGUCCCCUGCCUGUCCCCAGAACCCCCUGGACCUGGAGCAUUGCUGUGGGACCUCCAUGGAGCGCCAGGAGAGGCAGCUGCGGGGGCUGCAGUUGGUGGCCAUGCUCUGCGAGAGCCUCUCCGAGAAGCUCUUUACAGACGUCACACAGGUUGUGGAGUUUGUGGCCGCGACUUUGCAAAGGGCCUCCGCAAGCCUUUCCGGCGGCUCCGGGGCCACCUCCGUGGAAGACCAGACGCUCAGCAUGGCCAUGGGGUUGGUGGCUGCCGUGAUGGGGGGCGCAGUACAGCUGAAAUCGGCCGACUUUGCUGCCCUGAAGCGCUUGGUGCCCCUCUUGGAGGAGGUCUCCCACCUUCACCCGGAGCCGGUCAUCCAGGAACUCGCCGCUGACCUGCGCAUCACCAUUUGCACCCACGGCGCCUUCUCCGCAGGAACCGUCUCCUCCGCUGCGCAGACCACCCUGGGAAAAAGAUGCGCAGAAGCAGAAGCUCAUACGAACAGAGAGCCCUCUGAAAAGCCUGAAAGUGACAUCGCUGCAUCCAGGCUGCUUCCACCACCAAAGGCUACAGAGAAUAGAUCGGCUUCUCCGAAGACACACCUUGCUGCAAAGUCCAUGCCCGAAGCAAGGGACUCUGGUCCUCCAGCCACAGUGGACUUUCAGGAGCUCCUCCUGUCGGCUUAUGAUCCGGACAUCCCGACCCGAGCGGCCACUCUCCGUACGCUUUCCCGCUUGAUAGAGCAAAGGGACCCAGAGGCCCUGAAGACUCAAGAGACGCUGCUCAAGGUUUUCACAGAAAACCUAGAACAUGAGGACUCCUUUGUAUAUCUCUCUGCCAUCCAAGGCAUGGCCUUGCUGUCGGACGCCUUCCCAGACCGAGUCCUACCCUGCUUACUGGCCCAGUAUGGCAGCCCACAGCCCGGCGCCCCGAAAGCGGCAACAGUGGAGACCAGGAUGAAAGUGGGGGAGGCCCUGAUGCGGGUCACGCGGAGGCUGGGAGACAUGGUCUUCCUGCAUCGAGAGGACCUGAUCCACGCCUUCCUGCGAGGAGCAAAGGACCCCGAAGCCGCCCUCCGAGCCAGCAGCCUCUCCAAUCUGGGAGAGCUUUGCCAGAUCCUCCGCUUCCAGCUGGGAUUGGUAGUCCAUGAGGUGACUUCGUGCUUGACGUCCAUCGUGAAGACUGACCGCGAGGCGGAGGUGCGGAGGGCCGCUGUCCACGUGGUGGUGCUUCUGCUUCGAGGGCUCAGCGAGGAGGCUCUGGAGGUCCUCAGGGACGUGGUGCUGGACCUCUACCGCCUGCUGAAGUCCGUGGUGAGGCACGAGGAGGACGGGGCCACGGUUUUGCAUGCUCAGUUGGCUUUGGAGGAGCUGGACGGCAUCAUGAGGCGGCUUCUGUUCCCACCUCAGGCUUUGGAGAAGAAGAUCCAGGUCCUCCCAUAGUCCAGAAGCCAGUGCUAUUCAUGAAAGGGGUAUGGCGGGACCCCCAUGGUUUUCCAAACACCGCCCUGGACCCAACUCUGCUCCUUGCAUUGACUGCACUGUCCAGAAACGUAAUUUCAACAUCAAUCCGAGGGUCACCAGAGCUCUGCAGGAGUUUCUUCCUUUCCAUUGAUGCUCUUAAUGUCCUUUCCAUCACUAGUGUUUUAUUGAUUGAAAUCACAACAUCGAAUGCUUCUGUGCUGCAGGGAUGCAGCUGCUCCCGAAAUCUGCCUGGCCACCCAGUGUCCUCAGAUGACCCUCAGGACUUCACCAGGAAAAGCAAGACCUGGGCAUAGCAGGGAUGGAGACGGCAAUGGCUUACAACCGGACCUCUUUCAGUUCCAUUCCAGAUGGAAACAAGGGCUCGCGAGAAGCAGAAGCCUGGGAAGAGAGUGAGCUCCUCCUGUGUUGUUAUAGCUAGGAAUCAAGGUGUCGUCGUGCCUUCAAGUUGUUUCCAACAUAAGACAAUCCUAAACCCAAUGCAUCCCAGGUGUGUCCAGAAGGGAUUUGUAUGCUUUCCUCUGAGGCUGUGAGAAUGCAACUCCGUUUGGCCGAGUCUUAGGAGUUUGAAUCCCAGGCAAUGUUCCUCCCCUCCAAAUAAACUAAACCAAAUGACCA